AUGAUUCUAGGAGAAGCAUAUCGUUACAUUAGUGAGCUAAAGCAACAGAAUGAUGCAAUGCUUCUCAAUGGAGGAGACAAAGUCCAAGCGGAAGAGAUAAAACGCUUGCGGCUGCAGUUGGAGGACUUAAGAAAGGAAAGUGGUCAUUACAUUGAGCUCCUCAAAGCAAACGGCAUCAACUUUUUGGAUGACCCCACAAUACACUGGAAAGGCAAGCAGCGCUCGGCAAAAAUAGCCAAAAUAACACCAACUCAUUUGAUGUCGAAAGGGAUAAUCAUCAGCUCUAAUGGAACUUCUACUGGUCCUACAGGAAAAAUGGCCAUACAAUUGAAUCCUGCUUCUCACAAUGAUAAGCAGCCAGUAAAUGCUAUACCCAUCCAACCAUCUUGUGACGUUCAAACUCUUGGUGUCCCAAAUGGAACACCAAUAAAUGAAAUUAUAGUCUCUUCUUCUACAGCUUCUUCUACACACAUUCCAUUGGCGACUCUGAUUCCUGCUGUCUCUAAACCCUGCCUUGCAGUGGUAGAGCAGUACACUGCUGUGGCACCAGUUGCUCCAAAAUUGCCCCCCCCAGUAAAUUAUAUAACUCUUCAAGGGUUAUGUCCUAAGGUUGCAGUUACUGCUCCCCUUCAGCAAACCCAGCCAGCCCACCCAACACCAAGUCUUGCGUCUUCCACCAGUCUCACAGUGCCUCUUCAAAUCCAGCCUGUAAUUGGUGUAAACUCCUUGCCUCAAACUAUGGUCAGUAACCCCGUUGUGUCCAGUGUGUCUACUGUGUUUCAGCAGGAUACAGAAAACAGAUCACUUACCCAUACAAUACCAACCAGUUCUACCAUUCACAGAACCAGUGCUGCUAGCAGCACACAGACCACAUGGACAACACUACAACUAACUGGUAACACAGUACAGCCUGUCUGUCAAGCUCUGGCCAUAGAAUCCAAUUCAACUGGGCAGAAUGUUCAGCAUCUAUCUGUAUGUCCAGUUGUGGCAAAUCCACCACUUCAUCCCACUCCUCUCCAAGUUCAAACACAAAGCCCUAUGCAACUGCAGCCUCCACCACCUACACAAAUUCCUGUUAAGCCUAGACCUCCCCAGUUGUAUCCAGCUGUAGUUCCCUGUCCUCAGACAGCUGUAAUUUCUCAGACAUCACAGUACUCUGCGUUGAUACCACUGCUUCAACCUGCGAUACUUCAUCAGCCAUCUGUUGUACCUCAAACAGCAUUAUUGACUCAGCCUCAAGCAGCUGUCAUGGCUCAACCUGCAGUUUUACCAAAACCUUUUCCUCCAACUUCGUCCCACUCUUACCCUGCCAUACAGCCCAAACCUCAGCUUCACCAUGCUGUACCACCUUGGCCUGAACCCCAGCCUGGUGUGCCAUCUCAGCCUCAAGCCCAUCCAACAAUGUUGCCCCAGGCCCAACCUGCCAUUGUGCCUUCACUUCAGCACGCUAUUGUGCCCCAACCUCAAGCUGCCACACUGCCAGUACUUCAGACCAUGCAGGUCCUUCAGAUGAACUCUGAUGUCACUCCAGUUAUUGGGACAUCUCCCUCACAAAACAAUCCAAAUGUUGUUAUUCUACAGCAGGCUGGCCAAUGCACAGCUCCGCAAGUAAUUAGAGAUGAUGUGAACAGUCAGACACCAUGCCAGCACAUUGUGAUAAUUCAGACACCAACUAUGACGCCCACUCCACAAAAUCAAAGUACUGUUGUGCCAACUACCACCCCUGCUUUGCAUAAUCAGAUAAUUACUUCCAGCUCCCCCUGCACCACUGCUAUUCAAACAAAUGUGACAAAACAGCUGGUUCACAUCCUCCCACGGCCUACAACGCAGGCACAGACACAGGCACCGUUACAGGCGCAGACACAGACGCAGACACAGAUGCAGGUACCAAUACAGGCACAGAUGCAAGCACCAACACAGACGCAGACACCAAUACAGACACAGAUUCAAGCACCGACACAGGCACCACAGACUAUAACUGUGAACGGACAGGUUUAUGUUUUACAGUCAGUGAAGUCAGCGGAGAAAGGAACUUCUCAGGUUAGCCAAAGUUCUACUCAAAUCAUUCAACCUACAAGUGAGGAAUCCAACACCAAUGUUGCAUUAAAUUGUUUGGGUGCUCUCACUAGCCUUAGCCAGAGCAUUCCACAGGUCACAAGUCAAAGCAAUGUGUUGCAUACCAUUGCUCCACCUUCGUGCACUACAGUACAGUCUGUUCCCAAGGCUGCUUCUUCCCGAGUCACUGCUUCUGCUGAGACUGUUCUGUCACCCACCGCACCUGUGUCAACAUCAAUCAGUUGUGCAGUCACCAUCCUGCCAAAGAAGACUGAUGUGGUCUCUGUAAAUCAAACAAAACCAAUAUCUAUUAAAAGGACAAGAUCAGCCAGUAGAAAAGACCCAAAACAGAGGAGAAGCAUGAGCCAAAUUGCUGCCAAACCAGCACAUAAAAAGGCUUCAGUUGGAAAUGUUACAAAAGUACAUUCAUCUGCUACAAAAGACAGUAAUACCAUAAAACCUGCUGUUGAAGAUAUGAGCCAUAAAACUAGCAGUCAGAACAAACCUGUUGUCAUCAGUGUUGCUUCAGUGUGCAGUAGUUCCUCAAUCAUCUCUUCAAGUUCAAGUAGUACAAUAACUGGAAAUUCUAUCUGUGCUUCAGAAAGUGGAUCUACAUUGACAUCCGUAGUCAAUGCAGUAGAAGCAUCAAAGAGUAAAGAAAAAUCUACUGAGGUCACCCCAUCAACAUGCAGUGUAACUGUUAGUGUAACAGAUAGUACUGUAACUACUGCAACUGCUGCAAGUACUGCUGCAAGUCCAGCUCAGGCUAGUUUAGUAACCCAUACGAUGAGUGGUGCUGUUUUAACCAGUGGUGCCAACCUUCAAUCAAAUAAGUCAGCAGAAAAUGUUCUUUCUUCUAAGUGUAAUACAUUGGACAAUAGUGUUAAAUCAUUCACAGGAUCUACAGUGAGUGGUAAUUCCACUUCGAAUGCACUGACUAAAAUAGUUUCUCAAAAUACGAUGACAAUAUACAAUAGUUCUACAAGCUGCACACCAGCAGAAGGAAGUGCCAGCUUAGCCCAGAAAAGAACAACAUUAACCAGUGGCAGCUCUACAGAAAAUAAAUUGAUUUCGUCAGUUGAAUCUGCCCUUCGCCAACCCCAGGGUAUACAUUCAGGCACUAAUGUUGGUUCUACAACAAGUGGACCAACGGUUUCCCUCUCACAGAACAUUCCUCAAGUUCAAACUAAUUCUAGAACAGAGAAAACCGGUCAGUCAGUGGAAUCUCCACAGGUUCAGACACCCUAUGCUUUGCCUGCAACACCAUCACCUUGCUCCAAUCCCUCUACAUUAGUUCCAACAGCCUCAACACCACCUGUUUUGUCUCAAGAAUCUAGGAAUUUGACCACCUUUGGCAAGCCGCCUAAGCAACAAAUGAUGCCUGUGCAACCAGCUAGUCACAUCAAUACAUUAAGUACCAAACUUCUAGAAUCAAAUCAGAAUAAUGAACCUGGCAGUGGUAAACACUCAAGUGAGACCACUAAGGAGGUAACUCCGUCAAGUUCAUUCUCACAAAAAGAGACUGUUCUAUCACAGGAGGUAUCUACAUUGGAAAAUGAAUCCUUUGAAUCCCCGCUAGUGUCAAAUAGGCAGACUGAUUCACCAAUGGCAGGAGGUUCUAGUAGCAGGGGCUUUUCAGUUGCAUCGCUGCUUCCAACAGGCCAUAAUAUUACUUCUUGUCCUAAUACGUUUGGCACUUUUAGCUUCACCUCUGAGCAGGCAGAAAUCUUAGCAAUGGCGGCUAGAGCCAUUUUUGAGCAAGACAGUCCAGGAAGAAGAAGUGGUACUUGUAGUGGUGAGAACCCAGCAAGUACAACUUCUGGUGGAUGGGAUCUUCCAAAACCACAGCAAACCCCCACCAUCAAGGAAAGGGUUACAGGUCAACAGUUAAAGCAAGCAAAGCAGGCUGACCUCCCUAUUCCAAAGACUCCUUCCCAAGUUUCUGUUCGAGGUCCUCUGGUGGAGGUUUCAGGCAGCGGUACAACUGGUGUCCGGCUUCCACUAAGCAUGGCUUAUUCUCAGUCUCAGUCGCAGCCUAGUACUCUCACAAGUCUUAAUGUGAAUAACCUUAUCAGACCAAGCUCUGUACAGCCCUACCCAGGGUCUCCGAACCUUGGUCAGCAGGUUUCUGUUCCAUCACCAGGGGGAGCAGCAAUUUUAGUGUCUCAGUCAUCUCAGGUUACCCCGAGCUGCUCUGGCCCAGGACAAGUUAAUGAAUAUCCACCUUUGAAAAGUUCUCUGAUGCGAACUCAUGCAGGUGCUGGGAUAGGUGAACGACAUCAAAAAGAUAUGCCAAAACGCUCUGCCCAAGAGGACCUUGUUCUCCCAAUAAACAAGCGUUCAAAGCCAUGCCCAGCUGCCAGUGUUGGUAGGAUAGAUGUUAAGGCGUCAGAACAUAGUACUCUGCGUUGA